AUGGAUCAUAAUCAGCUGGCAAACCCGUUCGUUAGCGCUACAGUUGUGGUGGCUGAUCAGUUUGUAGACACGUUUCCACACCCACAGGGACUUCUUGCCUACCUACAUCGCCUCUGUCAGCAGUUAGAUGUGGAUAUUGUUUCUCAAGAGAGACCUAUUGUCGUGAAGGGUUCGUGGAAGACAUUAAUAAAAAUUGAUGCCUUUCUAAAAAGCUUGGUUUCACGUCUUCAUAAUGUGAUGCUCAAGGGAGAUGUUUUUACCCAGGAUGACUUUAAUGCUGCAUUCUCUCAAUUUGAGGAAGAGGGUAGUUGUCGAAAUGAACUCACAGACAAUAAGCAUACAUCUAAAGAUGUGCUACUUUCAAGUGAAUUAAGUGAACUUAAAACUGACGAUUACCUGGAUAUUAUCAAGACGGACCACGGCAUGUAUGAUCCAAGUAUAAUUAUGGAUAAGUGGUACUUUAAUUCAAACCUAAGAGGUAAGACUAUUGAUAAGAGAACAAGAAAUGCAGAUUCAGGAAUGCAGCCUCCAGAGCCUUAUAUUUUAGUCGAGACCGAUGACACCAGCAAGACUAAUAAAGCUAAUCUCACAGAGAUUGAACAGGUUUUGAGUCAAGUGUACAGGAAAGAGACAAUAGAAAAAUACCAGAAGCGCUCAGCUGCAUCUGGAUCUGGUAAACAUUUAUCGCCUUCAGAUUUUUCUUUUGAUUUUACCAAAGAAGAAAUUGUUCAUAUUGAUGUUCAUGAUCGACACAAUUCUGAACAACAGUUCACUGAUGUUGAAAGUAAACCACAAACAUUAAUAGAUAAUACCACUUCAAAUUCUCAGACAUUUGUUAGAAAUAGUAUAUCAAAUAAAGAACUGAAGCGAUUAGAAAUAAAUUCAAAUUAUCUGGAGAAAGAUGUUAACAUCGAUGACAUUAAUGAACAGACAAAUUAUGAUAAGGAUUCUAGACCAGUUAGGUUAAGAUUAAAUAGACACAGAUUAAAUAGACAUAAAACUGUUGAGAUUGUCGACAAUGAUGUGACAGUUCUCAAGAGGCACAGUAAGUAUCGGAGAAGUGGUCGAAAAAGAAAGAAAUGUAAAGGAAGCAAUGAAGAUGUAAAGCAAGUGACAAACUGUAAGACUUUAAUAAAAAAUGACAGAAUUAGAGAAGUAUUACUAGUGCAGACUCGGAGUGUGUCGAGAUGUGACAAGAAAGCCAGUUCUGAAAUUAACUCACAGCAAGUCAGUACAAAAGAUAAAAGACAUACUGAAAGUGAUUGUCAUAAAAUAAAUAAAAAGGCAGCCAUAAAAAAUUGCCAGCUGGCAGAUGGCGUGCAGAAUGAAACAGUGAACAAUUUUGUUUCUGUAAGUGAGGUGCAAGUGAAAAGCAAGACAAGUCUUCAAAUUAGCAAUCAAGAAGAAAAUGUGAAUGAAGUAACAAAAAAUAAUGUGAAGAAAGAAGUUGAAGAUGAUCAGCACAGUUGCGACCAGUGCUCAUAUUCAACAAUAAAGCAUGUCCAGCUACUGGAACACAAAAGAAGGGUUCAUUUAACCAGAAAAUUCCAGUGUGAAGAAUGCUUGAAAGAGUUUGGGUUCCUCAAAGACCUCCGAAGGCAUAUGAAAUGCCACACAAAGGCGGAAAAUUGCUGCGACAUCUGUGGUAAAAUGUACAAAGAAGUUAGAAAACUUAUAGAGCACAAAAGGACACACGCUGUUGGCUAUGUCAAACCUGAAUUUGCUUGUAAAUUCUGUACGAAAAUUUUCAGUACGAAAUAUGUGUUAGCAUACCACAUAAAGGCUGAUCAUUUAGGAAUGAAACGCUCAUAUAUAUGUCCAACUUGUGGUAAAAGUUUCUCGCAGAAAAACUCGUAUCACCAGCAUGCAAAUGUUCAUCUCGGCAUUCGGCCAUUUUCCUGUGAGAUCUGUGGUAAAAGAUUUUCUUAUGAGAAAUCGCUGAAAGAACACAAGUUUAUGCACAACGACGAGAAAGUAUUCUCUUGUUCCUUUUGUGAAAAAUCAUUUCGCCAAGCUUCGGGCCUGGCCAUUCAUCAGAAAGUUCACAAAACAACAAAGGAUUAUGUGUGUUCAAUGUGUGGGAAGGGGUUUAACCAGAAGCAGGCUCUGGUUAGGCAUGAACGGAUACAUGCCGGCGAUAAACCUUACGAGUGUGUGCUCUGCAGAAGAACAUUUGCUGACUCGUCAGUUCUGCGUAGGCAUAUGAUUCUGAUUCAUAAGAAGGAUCCUAAAUUGUGGCGAGAGGAUACCAAGUGCUAUGUUCCAAAACGCACUGAUUUUUUUAUAAGUGUGCUUAAUGGAGACGUUUCUUGCGAAAAUAACUCGCAAUUUCAAAAUAAUGGAGACAUUCCAAGUGUAAAUAAUGCUCAGUGUCAACUUAAAAGAGACAUUUCAAGUGCAGAUAACUCACAGUUUCACCUUAAUAGAGACAUUUCAAGUGCAGAUACCUUUCAGUGCCAACUUAAGAGAGACUUUUUAAGCACAGAAAAUGCUCAGUGCCAACAUAAGAGAGUCUUUUCAAGUGCAGAUGACUCUGGCAAAAUUAAUGAAGACAUUUCAAGGGCAGAGGGUUCACGACUUAAUAGUUCCGAGCUAUGUGGUAAUACAGAUUUCCUAGAAAUUCAAAAACAACAGCAAAAUGAGUUUUACCAGCAGAAAAAGCAUCAGAAACAGUUUCAGAGGCAGCAUCUAGAAGGAGCUGUUGAAACUUCAGGGUCACUACCUGUUACUUAUAACAGCACUAUCAAGAAUACAUUUCCAGUGUAUGAUGUGUAUGAUCAGAGGGAACGAGGGGUAAAUGCACCAAGCGGUUGUUUGGACAGUUCUUGUGCUGAAAUGAAACAGUAUGAUGAUUAUGAUUCUGAGAACAUUGUUGCAUCUGAGGAAAUUGUAAAUUCCACUGGGACAGCAGAGCCACAUUUAAGGUUUCAAAACCAGAUGUACUCUCCAGUGCCUGUACAGAUGCAUGGUUCUGUACCAACUUCUCCAGUACCGCUACAUAUGUCUGCUAUCAGACCAGCUUCAGUUCAUCAGGUGAGACAAGAAGCAAAUCAACAUCAUGUAUCCUUAGCAGCUCAUCAUGUGCAGACUCUGCCUAACCCUGGAGGUACCGCAGCAGCCUCACUUGUGUCUUAUUCAAGGCAGGUUACAUCAUGUCUGCCUCCUUUAGGACAAGUUGCAACAUCAUCAUGUGUGCCUAAUCCAGUUCAAAUGACAACAUCAUUAUGUCAUUCAGGACAAGUUACAACAUUUGUGCCUCAUUCAGGACAAGAUACAGCAUCCUCAUUUGUGACCUUUUCAGGACAGAAUCCAACAUUAUCUCAUGCACCUCUUUCAGGACAAGUUACAUCAUCAUCAUUAGAACAAGCUACAUCCUCAUCAUUUGUGCCUCUUUUAGGACAAGCUUCAGUAUCUGUGCCUGGAAUUUACCAACAGAGCCAGUUUAGCCGUGAAACUGGUGCUGUAGUAAUGUCACCAGCGCAGUGCUCCACCAUGACACCGCAGUCUUAUGCACAAACCAUUGUGAUCUUUCAGGACAGUUUGGGAAGAUACCAGCGGCCAGGGGUUAAUUUUGCCCUCUCUGGAAACAACACAGUUGAGGCUGCUAACCUGCAGUAUAUAAACCCUUCUUUGUCGAUAACAUCUGCUCCAUCGGCUCAAAUGUCUGCAGUGUCUCAGACAGUGUCUUCUUUGUCAUCAGAACAAAUGUAUGAUCAAGUUCUGUCAACCAGCCAUCCAUUGCCACAUUAG